AAACCCUCUGCCCCGGAUUUCCGCAGAGUUGAUUGUAUAUUUCUCUCCCUAACAUACCUGGAUGAGAUUUCUUGAAUUUUCCAAUAUCUAGAGAUUAGACUCGGCACUUUCUAUAACUUAGAAAGACCGAGUCGAUAUAUACCACCGUUAAAUAUGUUUCCUCCUGCACAGCAGCUGGAUAUUGACGCAAGGGCCAUUAGCGGAAUUGCAGGGUCGAUCUCGAUCGCUUGCUGGAUAGUAGUUUUCUCCCCGCAGAUUAUCGCCAAUUUCCAGCGAGGGUCAGCCAAUGGACUUUCUUUGGCCUUUCUGAUUGUUUGGCUGGCUGGGGACGUUUUCAAUGUUCUUGGGGCUGUUCUACAGGGCGUAUUACCUACAAUGGUGAUGUUGGCCGUUUAUUAUACCCUCGCAGACGUAGUUCUCCUAUUCCAGUGUCUCUACUACAGCUGCAUCAACUCUCGCAAUGCAGCUCCAGAAGCCGAGAGUUUGCUCCCCGUCUCGAAUGAAUCAGCCGCUACUGUUGAUGGAUCGCAUCUCUCUCCUGCAACACCGCUUCUGGAUCCUGCGAAAGAGCCUAUACACACCGAACCACAAAGACUGAUGAAAUCCGUCUAUUUUAACGCGUUAUCGAUUCUCAUAGUAUGCCUUGCUGGUGUCUUUGGUUGGUGGGCAAGUAAUCGCUACUCUGACUGCGAUCCUCCGCCGAACGGACACGGUGACGAACUCUCAUUUUCGGCACUCGGCCAAACCUUUGGCUACUUGUGUGCUGUGCUAUAUCUGGCCAGCCGAGUUCCUCAGAUUCUACUCAAUUACCGCCGACAAUCCUGUGAGGGCAUAAGUUUGCUAUUCUUCCUGUUUGCAUGCAUAGGAAACUUGACGUAUGUGGUCUCGAUUCUAGCCUAUAUUCCCCACAGCAGGGAUGAACCGGGCCAGGAGUACGAGAGGUACAUUGCCGUGAACGCCAGUUGGCUCCUGGGCAGUGUGGGGACACUCUUCCUGGAUCUCAUUAUCUUUGCCCAGUUCUUUUGGUACAGGAGCACCGAGGAGGAAUACGAAUCUUCCUCCGAAGAUGACGGCUAAGAGUCUCACUGAGCGGUGUUUGGAUACUUGGUGCAUGGGUUUAUAUGAGGUUCACGGCCAUUUACAUUAGAACGGAUUGUAUCUGUUUCCUGUUUUUCUUUUUUCUUUUCCCGCUCGGCGUUGUGCAUUCAAAAACGUCUUUGGCUUUUACAUGUCAAGGAGGGUGGUGCUGAAUGGAAAUUACUGCUGUCCUUUAUCCCCACCAAAGUUGAUUUCAGGUUAUGAUACUUCAGGGCCCAAUUGCCCAUAUCGUACGCUAUGUACCCUAUGCCAUAACUGCCCCCGUACCUUGUGCGAGGCUGGGUAACAAGGUUAUAGGGCAGCCGUGCCGCAAGCAAGUUACGGUAUCAUAUUAUGGCUUAAGCGGUAUAAAACUUGCACAAGGCUGAAAUGUAGGUGUUCUGGUUCAGGUAUGAUACUUCAAAACAUAUAAUAGCUGGUUCCCCUCCUAUUUCGUAUUGCUCAUAGUCGGGAAAAGCAAGUGGGACGCAACACAAAGCUUUUUUUUUGUUUUUAAUUUGUUUGAACACAUGCAUAAUAUAGGUUAUGAACUGGA